AGUUGCUCCACCUCUAUCUCUCCGGCUUUGUACCCAGAGCUGAAUCCACGCCGCGGCUACCUUCUCUAGCAUACAGGGGCUGCUCAAUAUUAGAAAAUGGCCCUCCACGUCCCCAAAGCUCCGGGCUUUGCCCAAAUGUUAAAGGAUGGCGCCAAGCAUUUCUCAGGACUUGAAGAAGCAGUGUUUCGCAAUAUCAGAGCAUGUAAAGAGCUUUCUCAGACCACACGAACUGCCUAUGGGCCCAAUGGUAUGAAUAAAAUGGUCAUCAACCACUUGGAGAAACUGUUUGUCACAAAUGAUGCAGCAACAAUCCUCAGAGAACUUGAGGUGCAGCAUCCAGCAGCUAAAAUGAUUGUGAUGGCAUCCCACAUGCAAGAGCAGGAAGUUGGAGAUGGUACCAACUUUGUCCUGGUGUUUGCUGGUGCUCUUCUGGAAUUGGCUGAAGAGCUACUCAGGAUGGGCUUGUCUGUAUCAGAGGUGAUUGAAGGCUAUGAGAAGGCAUGCAAGAAGGCUCUGGAAAUCCUGCCAGAUUGUGUAUGUUCAUCAGCCAAAAACCUCCACGAUGUUAAUGAAGCCACAUCUCUCAUUCGCACAGCAGUCAUGAGUAAACAGUACGGCAAUGAAGACUUCCUUGCCAACCUCAUAGCACAGGCCUGUGUGUCCAUCUACCCAGAGUCUGGCAGUUUCAACGUUGAUAAUGUCAGAGUAUGCAAGAUUUUGGGGUGUGGAGUGACAGCCUCUUCAAUGCUUCAUGGUAUGGUUUUUAAGAAGGAAGCAGAGGGAGACAUCACAUCUGUUAAGGAUGCAAAGAUUGCUGUGUUCUCCUGCCCUUUUGACUGUAUGGUGACAGAGACCAAGGGCACAGUGUUGAUCAAUAAUGCACAGGAACUCAUGAACUUUAGUAAGGGAGAAGAGGACUUGAUGGAGGCUCAGGUGAAGGCCAUCAAGGAAGCUGGUGCCAACGUGGUGGUAACUGGGGGGAAAGUUGCUGACAUGGCGCUGCACUACGCCAACAAGUACAACCUCAUGGUUGUCAGGCUUAACUCGAAGUGGGACCUUAGAAGGUUAUGCAAGACUGUGGGGGCUGUAGCUCUGCCCAGGAUGACGGCUCCAACUCCAGAGGAGGUGGGUCACUGUGACAAUGUGUAUCUGACAGAGGUUGGAGACACACAGGUGGUGGUCUUCAAACAUGAAAAAGAAGAUGGAGCCAUCUCAACAGUGGUCAUCAGAGGAUCCACUGACAACCUGAUGGAUGACAUUGAGAGGGCAGUAGAUGAUGGGGUCAACACCUUUAAGGUUCUGGUCAGGGACAAACGACUGGUUCCUGGAGCUGGAGCGACUGAGAUUGAACUGGCCAAACAGAUCACAUCGUAUGGAGAGUCCUGCCCUGGUCUGGAGCAGUAUGCCAUCAAAAAGUUUGCUGAAGCAUUUGAGGCGUUGCCGCGUGCUCUGGCCGAGAACUCUGGUGUGAAGGGAAGCGAGCUCAUCUCUAAACUGUAUUCAGCACAUCACGAAGGAAAGAAGAACAUGGGCUUUGACAUUGAGGGAGAUGGUCCUGCUGUGAAGGACAUGCAGGAGGCUGGCAUUCUGGAGCCAUACCUGGUGAAAUACUGGGGCAUCAAACUUGCCACCAAUUCUGCCAUCACAGUACUGAGGGUGGAUCAGAUCAUCAUGGCCAGACCAGCUGGGGGACCCAAACCUCCUGAGGGCAGGAAGGACUUUGACGAGGAUGACUGAGCUUGAUGCAGUCUAGCUGAUGCUCCUUUAAGCCUGAAUGCUCCCACGUGGAUUCACAAACCUUUUGUACUUGUUUAUUUAAAGCUCGACUGUUUGGUUUAUUUUGUAGCAAUUGCCAUGCAACAGUUAACAACGUAAUGUGUAAAGGUAAAAGUAAAGAUGGCUCUGUUUGCUUUUUAUGUUGUCAGACCCAAAUAAAAGGCACUUUGUGCUGUCA